ACUGACCAAUAUCUGCGCUGGGAUCCCUCCGAAUACGACGGCAUCAAGACCAGCAUGUUCAAUCCAGCCGUGAUCUGGACUCCAGAUAUCUGCCACUAUAAUGGCUGGGAGCGGUCGUGCCACAUAACGGACAACCCGCGAUCAAACGCCAUCGUCGAAAGCGACGGCACGGUGCUGUGGGUGCCGCCCGUGCGCCUGUCGUCGCGCUGCGACCUCGACCGGACCAACUGGCCGCGCGACACGGCCACCUGUUGCAUCAAGUUCGGCUCCUGGACUUACAACGGCCACCGGGUCAACCUGUCUAUGUUCACGUCCUAUGAGGUCAGUGGCCAUCUGUCCCACCAAGUUCGGCUCCUGGACUUACAACAGCCACCGGGCCAACCGGUCCAUGUUCACGCCCUGUGA